GUGCAGCCCAGCUGCAGUAGGACUGAUCCUUCCCUAGGAGAAGGAAUUCUCCUUUCACCAUCUUCCCCUUCUGUACACGGCAGCUGCUUGAAUUUGCCCCUCCAAGAGUCAAGGACAAGACCACCCCAUGGAAUGGGCCAAGUGGACUCCUGAAGCCUCCAACCAGACCCAGGCCAGCAUCCUCCUGGGGCUCCUGCCGGGUGACCACGCCGAGGGGAGGAACGCCACCAACUCCACCAGGGCCCUGAAGGUGCCAGAUGGAACUAGUGCCGCCUGGUACAUCCUCACCAUCAUCGGCAUCUACGCGGUGAUUUUCCUCUUCCGGCUGGCCAGCAACAUCCUCAGAAAGAACGACAAGUCCUUGGAAGAUGUUUAUUACUCAAAUCUGACCUCUGAACUCAAAAUGAAAGGGCUCCAGGACAAGGUCGCCAAGUGCCCCACACUGAUCAUCAGCAACAGAGCCGUGCUGCAGCCCUGCCAGGCCCGCCUGGGGCCAAAGGGCGGGAGCAGCGGGCCCCAGACCGCAACCCCAGAGAGCCCCUGAGAGCCAAGGCCAGGAGGCCUUCCCCAGGGUGGCCGCAGACUUCUUGGAGGGGAGCAGCUUUGGGUUUAUUCGGAGCCCUUGGGUAGGGCUGGGGUGCAUCGCUGACUGGGGUGCCUCAGGCUGCCAGGUUGUGACCAGUGCCAACCACCAAGUUCCUUCUCAGGCUUCCAGGUGCUUGGAGAAGAGAGAGCCGAGCAGCGGCUUCUAGCCAGAUUCAUUCUUCCCUGGGAAAGCCUGUGCCGUGGAGAGCUGCACUGUUCCAGGGUUCUCAGAGGAAUCCGAGUGACUCCUGGGGGCAUGCAAGGCGGUGGCUCCUUGUCACGGGAAGAGUAAACUUGGAUUAAAAUUCAACCUCUGGGGAAUCACGUAAACUGAGCAACUAGUUCUCACCUGGGACAUCCGGGGGUUGGGGACAGAUUUAAAAGGCUAUUUUACUUGAAAGACUUCGGCUCGAACAUAGGACCAAGGUUAUUAAUA